UUCUUAGAUUGUGAAACAUCAUAACCAAAAGAAAAGAUUAUUAUGAGCGUAAUUUAAUUACCGGUUCACUUCACUUAAAAAAAAAAUAUUGAGUAAAAAUAAUUUCUGUUUAGCAAAUUCAGUAUUCUUAAACAAGAAUUAUAAUUGAAAAUCAGUAAAAAUAAUUUCAAUUCAGUAAAAUUAAUUUAAAUUUAGUAAAAAUAAUUUAAGUUCCGCAAAUAUAAUUUUGUUUCAAUUGUAUGUAGGUUAUUAUUGCCGCCAACAUAAAAUAAAAAACUGUAAAAUUUUGGGCAACAUUAAGCUUGAAACCGCCAAAGAAUUAAAAAAAAAAAAAAAAAAAAAAAAAAAAAAAAAAAAAAACCACCCACCCACAAAAUCAAUCCUUGAGUUUCAUCCUCCCAUAGCAGCAAAUUCGUUGAUGUGUUGCGCAAUUUCAUCAGAAAUUCAUUGGUUGUCUUGAUCGUGAUCUUGGGUAUAAUCGAAAUCGUGCUUCCAAUUUCAGAGGAUGGUUUCCGAAUCCAGUAUAGUUGGUGUUCUGCCCUCCAAACAAACAUUACAGCAUAGCCCAAGGUUACUGCAGGACAAGGAGUUAACUACAAGGUUAAGUCCCCAAAUUAACUUUUCCACUCCAUCAACACCAAGCAGUUCCCAUAGUGAGCCACAAAUCAGUAGGAAACGCUGUCGAUUUUGUGAAUCACAGCCCAGUUUUCAUGCUACUAACCAGAUUAAUCUAGGCCUCAGUGAUGAGAAUUCAUCAAUAAAGCGAGAUGUCCCUUUUGUUAGUUGGCCACAAAACUUUACAUUUCAAAGUCAUGAGGUGAAUAAGUUUGUUCAAGGCUCUGAAACAAAACAGCCUUCUUUUUUUGUUAAGAAUCAUCAUGAAUUUCCAAGGAAAACAUCACCUUCUGGAAUUGGAAUGAACUUGAACAAUGCCGGUUUGUUUCCUUUAGAUGGAAAUAAUAAGGGAAGUGAUGAGGAAGAAGUGGAUUCGUCUGUGGAUUUUUCCAAGGCAAUUGAGGAUGCAAUAAGCAGAAUUGAGUCCCUUAUUCCAUCACUUCAAAAGCUUGUUAAAACUGACCAGUCAUCAAACCAAAAGAGUGUUGAUGAUUUGGUUAUGCCCAAUAUCUCAAGUUCAGCAAAUCCUUUACGCAAGGAAAAAGACUUGGUAGCAACAAAUGAGCUACGCCUCACUGACAAUUUGGCUGUAUUUGGUGAAAAUAUGUUUUUUAACCAAGGGAGUCCAAUGGUUAGAAAAGGCAACUCUCCAGAUCUUUCUCAGGUCAAAUGGAGCAGGAAUAUUGAUUCUGUAGGUCAUGGUGAUGGUAUGCGACAACAGAUGCUUUAUCAGAAUGGAGAUUUUGAUCCUAUGAGAGGUGAGAUCAAAUGCUCGAAUGUGACGCAUAGAUUGGUUGAUAAACCGUCAGGUUGGGUAUCAGCUCAAAGUGAUGAUAGAAUGAAUGGAGUAGAGUUGGUGAAGAAUUCAAAUGUUCAGUCAAUCAGCCAGGUUCCUGGGCCUAUGUUUAAGGCCGUCUUUGGUAGACCUGAGUCACUUGAAGGUAAAUUGAGUAGGAAUGAAUCUUUUUCAAGUCAUGCCUCAAAACAUGUACAAGGUUUGAGCCUCAUGCCACAUCAGUCCUAUUGUGGAGAGGCUAUUAAAAGAGAAGCGACAUUGAGGCCCUGCACACAUGUUCCAUCUGCGGGGUCUACAAGUUCCAUGAGACAUAACAGAACAAGUAAUGCGCGUCCUCCUCAUCAGAAAUGGAGUCAGAGUCAUACAAGUGGAAGAAUUGCACAAGAAAUGGGCCAAUCAUCGAAGAUGAUCAGGUCUAGGGAUUCUUUUAACAGAAAUAGUCUAAUCAGGAAAAGUAUUAAGGGGCCUUUGCACAGCAAGGUUGCACCUCAUGAUCAAAUCUCAGAGGAAACGAGUUGGAAUUCAUGCACUUCUUCUGGCUCAACAACUCAACAAAGUGGCUCGCCGUCUUCUUUGAGUGGGAGUUAUGAAUUAUCAGGAAGUGAUAGUUAUGAUAGUGAUGAAAGUGAGCCACUGCAUGAGAAAGUGAGCCACUCAACAAGGAUGAGAGAACAGCCUGGAUACACUGAUAUUAUCACUUCAGGAUACAAUGAUACUUCUUCCUAUUCUAACAGUAGAGAUGACUACUCUGAUGCAAAAUCCUCGAGCCAAAUGAGUUCAGAACGGUUACAUAAGUGGGACCCACAAAAGGAAGGAGGAAAAAGGAAAGGGAGAUUGAGGAGACUUGGAAAGAAGCUAGGGAUGAUUUUUCACCACCAUCACCAUCACCACCACCAUCAUUAUAGGGAUGAAUCCGAUGCACGUCAUGCUAGAUCAUUUUGGAAACGACUUGGAGAGAUGUUUCAUCAUACAAAAAAUGCCAAUCAUCGUCAGAAACUAAAGUCAGAGAAGCCAAGAAAAUCUGAGGUCAAGACUUUGGUGAAGAGGAAACAACCAGGACAUUUUUAUGCACUUGUAAGUGGGCUAAUGAAGCACAUGAGGCAUUCUAAGAAACCUAAACAAGUGAAGAAUGGUUUCAAGGGGCUUGGAAGUGGUCGUCAUGGGGGUAAAAAGAAGGGGAAAAAACUGCUUUGGUGGCCGAAAAUUCAUGGGGGAAGAGGCAGAGUGAAGGUGCCCAACAAAGGAAAGGCCAGGCUCGGAAAUUAUAGGACAAAAAGUUUUGCUGCAGCUAAGAUGAUUUUGAAGAAAUGAAAGUGUCUCAUUUUAUUUGUAUCAAUUAUGUAUAUGUAUGUUAACAAUGUAGCAUUUAUUUUUCAAAGUUGCAAACAUGAAAAUCUCUUUCAUAUCAAAAAGAUAAACUGCCUAGUAUUUCUACAUAAUGUAAUAUUUUAUAAUUUCUUCCUACGUUUACUUAUUGAAUAUCAUAUGGAUG